ACUGCAUACGGUCAGAACACCACAAAUGAUUACGGACAAACCAUAACUAGCGGAUAUUCUACUACUGGCGCAUACGGGACACAAGGCCAACAACCUGCAAACUAUGGCCAAUAUGGACAAUAUAAUACCAGUCAAACUCCUACGACAUACAACCAAUUUCCUGCUCAGACACAGUACGGAACUUACGGCCAAACUACACAAUAUAAUCAACCUCCUACUGGACAGCCUACGCCAGCUCCUGUAGCACAACCAGUUGGACAGCCCAUUAGUCAACAAGUUGGUUAUUAUCAAACUCCUCCAGCAGUAAAUCAAACCAAACUUGGUCAGGGAACUGAUGUCAAACAAGAUGGUCAGUCUGUUUCGGUAACACCAAAUUACGGGUAUUCACAAUAUGGUUACGCAUAUGGAACGACAUCUGCUACCACAACUUCACAGUAUUCUAACGCUACUGGUCCGCAAAGUCUCACUACAAAUACAGCUCACACACCUGGUGCAUAUGGCUCUACUUCGUCUGUAUAUGGUGCGGUGACAGGCACCGCCAUUCAUUCUUCUGCUGCUGCUUCAGCACCUGGAACUGGAGAUCAAACUACUACACAGCAGCAGACUUAUUCUGGUUACUAUGGUGGCCAGCAAUACUCUCAAGAUCAAUAUAAUCAACAUAAUCAACCUCAAAAUUAUUAUCAACAAUAUUAUCAACAUCAACAACCACAAACUUAUAGUUAUCAAACGACAACUACAAAUACUCAUACAGCGGAGUCCCAAAAGCAAUGA